AAAUGCAUUGAAUAAUUUUCAUACACUUGUCAACGAAAUGAAUCCUCAUUAUAAAACAGAAGGAUGUGAUUAUGAGGGUGUUGAUGCAUAUUUAUACGAAGAACUAAAAAAUUUUAAAGAAAAAUUGAAAUCGGAGAAUUUUUCUGAUAACACUGUGAAUGAAAUUUAUACAGAUUAUCACAAAUCAGUCAGUUUAAUAGUGAGUGAGAUAAAAACAAAUAUCGCAAUACUAACAGCAGAAGUACAAAACUUUCAGAACCGAUUUGAUGAACUUGUGUCUAUCAUAGAGUUACCACGAUCAAAACAAGACCUUACAAUGUCUAUCAAUGAACUGACCCAACAACUAUGGAGCAAUUUUAAUGACAUAGUUAAGGAUUUUCCAGAGGGUUUCGUACAACAACGUCGAGAAAAACUUGAAAACUUGUUUGAAGAAAAAACUCAGUACAUUGUGGCGGAAAACAAAAAGAAAAUAAUAUCUUUUGCACAAAAAACGGUGAAAGAUAAUUUAAGAAGGUCAGUUAAAAAAUUAAAAAAUCGAUUACCUAUGAUACAAAAUAAGCUUGAGUCUGAAUUGUUCGAAUUGUUCAACCAGAGCAAAGAAAUGUAUAUUAUUUUAUAUACUUCUCUCGAUAAUGUUCUUGAUGAUACAACAUUUCCUGACGACUUACAUACAAUACUAAAUCCGUUUCGGGAAUCGUUACUGGAAAAUAACGGUAACGCUUGGAAAAAUAAAGCUGUAUCAUUCCGAAAACGUGCUGAAACGCUAUUUAAAAGGACUCUUGAUAUCAAACUUUCGGUCAAUGACAGGAAAGUAUUUAAUGACACAGAAAUUCAACAAUACACCCAAGAAGAAACAUUAAAAUUUUCGUAUACAGUGUCAAAUAUUUUCCCACAUACAAUGAUGGAUGAUAUCUUUACUAAAUACAAGGAAAAUGUACACUUAAUAGUAACGAAGUUUCAAGAGAAAAAAAACAAAAAAAAUAUCAAAGAAAUUUCCCAGAAAAUCGAACGAUAUAUACUAGAUUGGGAUAUUCUUUUGGAUGUAAAUGAAAGAAAUGAUUUAGAAAGGUGGCAACAUGAAGUUGCUGAGCUUUUAUUAAUUAGUAACAAUAUACCAGAAUUGGCCAUCCUGCCAUCACUUCAAUUGUUGUACAUUUGUAACGACCUUACAAAUUUAAAUAGAGAAAUUGUACCAUCAUCCUUCAGAGAGGUUAUUAGGUCAAUUAUAAGGCGUGAUAUGGGUGACAUUUUAUUUGAACAAUUUGUUAUUGUGGCUUUGGAAGUUCUCGAGUCGAAUGAACUGAAAUUUGCACAAAUGUCAUUUAUAAAUCGUUGCCUAAGUAUUAAAGCCCUCACAUCUCCAAUUCGCCGACUUUUUUAUAAACUGCUUUUUGUGCAUAAACCUUUUAUGUUUGCAAAUCCUAUCAUACGCCGUAUUUUCCUCACAGAAUAUGAAAAGUAUCAAAAUGAAGGGCAUCAAAAUGCAUUUUUUGACUUACUCAGAACUCCACAGGUAGUUUUCAAUAUUUUGCCAGAUCUAAAGAUUAUCAACGAUCUAUUGAAAGGAGAUGAUCUUGACUCGCCAAUAGCUGCUUUGUCUUGUGAUAUCAUCCAAAAAACAUUCUUUGUGCGUUAUGGGUUGACUGACCUGCAUCAUAAUUUUUCCAGUGCAGUUGAUUCACUAUCUACCAAUAAUAUAGAACCAUUGCAAAAUAUAACUGCUAUUGCUUUUUUGAAAGAAUAUGUACGCGCUUUUUGCGACGCAAACAUAGCAAACAUACGCGCUUUCUGUAGUUUUAAGAAAAACAAAAAGAAAACUAAAAAGUCCACUGAUACUUACAUGAAUAACAUUAUCCGCGAUAUCAACUAUCAAUUAGAAUCAGAAUUGCCAAGGGUUCAUUCGCUUAAAAUAUAUUUUCUAAAAUACCUUCUGACUUGCAAUUUUUCAAUGCAAGAUAUUAAGGAUCUAUGUGAAUCACAAGAGCAGACUUUCCCUUGGCUUAAAGAAAUACCCUGGGGAGAUAAGGAGAAUCAACUUUCUUUCAAUCCAUAUUGGUUGCAUCAGGACUAUAAAUACGCAGAAUAUUAUUAUUAUUACAUUUACGACUAUUUCAAGUGCGAUGAAGUUAGUGAUAACAAUGAUCUUGUUAUAUUUGCUGGAGUAAUUGCUGCCCGUCUACAUUUAAUGAGAACUUUAUACGAAUGGACAAACGAUGAAAAAAGAAUAGUUAAUUACUUAACUAAAGAAAUAAGAUCAAUGAAUGCACCAUCAGUAUAUAAAGAAAUACUUGAAAAAUUGCUACUAAAUUCUAACUCUUUGAUCCAACUGAUUAACGACGAUGAUGAAUUAUUUAUGAAGACAGUCAUUGUGCAUUUAAUAAUUGUGCAUGCUUCAAUCCCGAGUGAUGCAAGCCCACUUGCUGCUUAUCUCCAUCAGCUGCAAGUUUGUCAAGAUGAUUUCAUUCUGACAUGCCCAUCAGACGUAGAAGGUGUUGUUAUGAAUGCAAUCGCCUCUUUCAGCUUCUCGAGUAAAUGUCUGAAUUGCAAGAGAACGAUUGGUCAUGGUUCAACUACAUGUAAACGCUUGGAUGAACAAAAGAUCACAUCUUUUCCAAUCAAGCACGAGCCCGGAUAUAUAUCUGAACCAAUUUCAGCAGAAAAAACUCAUAAUGUUCGUAUGCUGACUCCAAAACCCUAUCGUAUCUUACAUUUGUUUGUGCAUGCACUUCUUGGUGCAUCUGUACCAUCAUCUAUUACAUCAAAAUUUUUUGCAAAGAAUGGUAAUAAUGCAGAUAACCAGAUGAAACUUUGUCUUGUCAAUAUUCGUAAUGACUGGAAUAUACUUAAAGAGCGUUUUGAUUGUAGCAAUGAACAGUUGGCUUUAAUUUUGCAUUCUAUUAUUUCCUCAAUGAUCAAUGAACCGGCAUCAAGCUGGAGAUUGGAUACUCCAGAGAAACGAGAAGAAUGGGAAUAUCAGUUUAGCUAG